AUGGAGAUCCUUUCCCCUGUCCAAACCACUCCCUCUGCUCCACUAGAUCCUCCCAUCACCCCUCCUCUUGCUCAAACUCCUCUCAGCCCCCUCCCUUUAGCUCCCCCUCUUCCCCUCUCUCCACUUCAACCAUCAAACCUUGAUGAACCCCAACCUAUUAUCUUCUCUUCCUCCCCUACUGACGCCCCUUUUGUUGUUGCCCUUUCUGCCCAAGAACCAAGAAGAGCUUCCCCUUUUAAACACAAAGUAACCCGCAACAAAACCCUUGCUUCCCAAUCCCGUUAUUUCACCACAACUAACCCUUUUGCCAUUCUCGACCCCACACUUGUAAAUGUCUCAUCCUCAUCCUCAAACUCACCUAAACCGCCAUCUCCUUUAAACCCCUUCUCGCACCCUUUUCCUCCCUCCCCCCCCUCUCCUCCUCCUCCUCCACCCCCUGUCCCUAUUCUUUCUGAUGCUACCCUUUCCCUUCCUCCUUCUGAUCAUGAUGGUUCUCCUCUACCUCAAGAGGAGAAUUCAGCCAUUCCCCAAUGA